AUGGCAAACAACACAAAUGGGACAUUUGGAGUUACAAAGAUGCCACCAGGAGUUGACAUAGUUUUGAUAGCCUUGAACAUUUUUCUUUCCAUCACUGCAACUUUGGGCAAUGCCCUGAUCCUGGUUGCUCUACGAAAUGUAUCCUCCAUUCAUCCACCGACGAAGCUGUUAUUUCGAUGUUUGGCUGUUACUGAUCUCUGUGUUGGUCUUGUAUGUCAACCACUUUACGUUUACUUGACUAUUAGUAACUCCACCAUAGAACUUGUGGAUGUAUAUAUUUUUUUCUUUUUCGUGUUGCUUACGGUAUCGCCCCUAACAUCGGCUACCAUAAGUGUUGACAGACUUCUCGCUCUGUUGUUGGGGCUGAGGUACAGACACGUUGUAACUUUACGCCGAGUUCGUGUGGUCAUAGCUUGUGUUUGGUUCAUUGGUGUUUCAAACGCUUCUUUGGACUGCGUGGCUUGGGUCCUAUCUAAAUAUAAGGUAGCACUUGCCUCGCUGUGGACGUUCGUGGCUUUAAUAAUGGUUUCUAUAAUAAUCUCGUUAUUUUCGUACACAAAGAUUUUUUUCACCCUCCGUCACCAACAAGCCCAAGUGCAAGGUCAUGUUCAACCAGAACAGUCGAGCAGAGUAAGAAGUGUGCUGAAUAUAGCACGAUACAAGAAGACAGUGUAUAGCGUAGCUUGGAUACAGUUUGCUAUGCUUGCUUGUUAUGGUCCUAACAUCGUGAUGGUAUUUCUUCGGCAUUUUGGAAAUGUAGGUUAUUCCACUGAAGUAUGGAUCGCGAGUGCAGUUUUCCUUUGUCUCUUCUUUUUAAAUUCAUCUCUGAAUCCAGUCCUUUACUGCUGGGGAAUCAAAGAUGUCAGACAGGAAGUAAAAAACAUCAUUCGUAAGUGUCUUUGCUGUUGA